AUGGGCUACCCAACCAACGCCGAAAUCAAGUCUCUCUUGGAAUCUCAAUUCCACUCCAAACUCCAAAAGUCCGACCUCACCGAUGACUCUGAAAGCCUCUUCCAGUUCGGACAUUUGGACGAGCUCUUCUCCGAUGAUGUUGAAGUUCACAUUUCCGGCCACGAGUUUCACUUGAAUGGAAAGCACCGCGGUCUUGAUGCCUUCAAGGAGCACCUUCAGUCCGAUGACAUGCCAUCCUUGAACUCCAUUAUUGAUGUCAACAAGCCGAUUAAGGGCAGUGUUUUGCAUGUCAUUGGCGGCGAGAACGACGAAUGGAAGGCUGCUGUUCUCCACAGCACUGCAACCACCCAGAACAGUAAGUUUAUUCGAUAUAUUUCAAAGAUUAAGAAUGCCUCUUCGGCUAACAAUCACCUUGCUAAGACACCCCAUGGAAUCACGAGAUGGCUGUUCUCAUGCGCUUCAACCACGAUGGGAAGAUCACUGAAUUAA